AAACUUGUGCUUCCUGCCAUGCUACUGCUGGAAUAUGUACGGCGCAGAACGGCUACGUCACAUGUAGCUGUAUGCCUGGCUAUUUUGGAAAUGGAAUAAACUGCACUGCAAUGGCCUCAUGCACCACCGCUACCUGCUGUUCCCAAGGCUAUACCUGGGAUAGCAGAGUAGGUUAUAAAGUCUGCACAGAUAUCAAUGAGUGUACUGAUUCAACAUUGAACAAGUGUGUCCCUACAUCCACCUGUAUAAACAGGGUUGGUGUCUAUCUAUGUGGUAAUAACAGAAACAUUGUAUGCAACAAUAGUAUAUGUCCCUUUGAUCAAGAUUGUCUGAAUAUUGGAGGAGUUGUACAGUGUGCAGACCCAUGCUCAUAUUACCAACUACAGAAUGGAACAACUAGAUUGUCUACAAUCAAUUCCACUGGUGUAUUCGCCACUGACCGAUACAACGUUGGUUGGUAUCGCUACAGUGGAAGUGUCGGUUUAAGGAUGCAGCAAGGUUGUGUUGGUUCUAUAAAAUGUGGAUCAGCGGCACCCUUUACUUUGAAUAGCAGCCAUCCAGCUAUCGGACAAGGAGUUGUGCUCUUGCCUCUCUUAUCCAACACAGUAUCUGGAUGUACAGCGGGAGGAACCAUCCCUGUGAAGGCCUGCUCUGGACAAUACUACGUCUAUAAGUUUUCUGAGAGCUUAGGGUCUGAAGUUUAUUGCACAGAUCCCACCACAGGAUUUGUUAUUCCAACUAUGCUCCCCACCACGACCACUACUACUGCAACCACUACAUCACCAACAACUACCACCACUCCAACCACUACAACUCCAACCACAACCACUACGACUCCAACCACUACAACUCCAACCACAACCACUACGACUCCAACCACAACCACUAUACCAACAACAACCACUACGACUCCAACCACAACCACUACGACUCCAACCACAACCACUACGACUCCAACCACUACGACUCCAACCACAACCACUACGACUCCUACCACAACCACUAUACCAACAACAACCACUACGACUCCAACCACAACCACUACGACUCCAACCACAACCACUAUACCAACAACAACCACUACGACUCCAACCACAACCACUACUACUCCAACGACAACCACUAUACCAACAACAACCACUACGACUCCAACCACAACCACUAUACCUACAACCACCACCACACCAACAACCACCACUCCAACCACUACCACUCCAACCACCACCACCACCACACCAACAACAACAUCUACUCCAACCACUACCACUCCAACAAAAACUACUACUCCAACAACAUCCACUCCAAAUACAACAAGCCCAACAGCUACAUCUCCAUCAACAAAUUCGACCCCAACAACACCAGUACCAACUGCCACUCAGCCAGAACAAAAUUUCACUGUGACUACACUGAGAGGCAGCACCAUAGUGAGAAUCACAGCCACAACUGAAACGGUGAAUGGCACAGAUGUAACUAGUUUAGAGCUAAAUGAGACUACCAAUGUCUACAUUGAAGUGAUGACCAUUACUCCUACCACUAUCAGAACUAAUAUUAACAACUCAGUCACACCAUUUUAUUACAAGUUAACAAUUGGCACUGCUAAUCCUAUGGCAGUUACUGACACAUCUGUACCUCAGACUACAGGCAAUGAAACAAUAGUCCCAAAUCAACAGCUUUUCCAGCCAAAUAUGUAUAGCAGUCAGCCAGCUGAAACCAGCACCACAACUGAGACCUUUACAGUCAGUAAUAUUAAUGUUACUAGCAUCACUACAACAACAACCAUUAUAACAGAAGAGAUCAUUGUGAAAUAACCACCACUACUGCCAACCUCAACUCAUUUACAAUAUUUGUCUAAAUCACUGUAAUACUUGUUUUAAUAUAUUAAAUUGGAAAUAGGAAUUUUUACCAAUACUGAAAUACCUAGACAUUAUCUAUAAUCACACACCUGACAUGGUACAGUACAGUAACCAUCAGGGCUGUAUUUACUUAUAUAACACCUGCCCAAUAUACUCAUAUCUAUUAUCCUUGUUGCAAUCAUCAUAUUAUUUAUUAACCAGUGAGUAGAAUUAUGCCUAUGAUUAGAGGCCUGUAGGGUUUGCAGUCAACUUGUGCAGGAAAAGGUUCAUUGGGACUGAUGAUAGCUAAUUGAGACUGUUAGCUGCAAUGUUAUGUACUCUAUGCUAUAUUUCAA